AUGGAUCCCGUUAUUAUUGUUUCCGGUAAAUGGAUUAUGAAAAAACGAUAUGUAUUCAACGUCGACAGUAGAGGGUGUAGAGUUCUUCAUUUAGGUGAGAAAACUAAACUUGAAGAUUUCACAAAGUCUGUCAUCGACGAUUACGGUUUGAAUGAUUUGAAGGUUCAUAUUCUGCUUAGCUACAUGUUUUCGAAUAAAACAUUGAAAACAAUGGCGCACAACACUCCACCAGUUUACGUGUCCAACACUCGACAAUUGCAAUGUUUUCUAAGCUUAAAGAAAAGCGAACAACUACGUCUCUGUGUGGAGAUUACAGAGAAAAAGGAUGACAGCUCAGACGUAGAAGCUUCAGAAGAAGAAGCUUCAGAAGAAGAAGCUUCAGAAGAAGACGCUUCAGAAGAAGACGCUUCAGAAGAAGACGCUUCAGAAGAAGAAGCUUUAGAAGAAGAAGCUUUAGAAGUUGAGUCUAUAGAGAAUGGGAGUUACGAUGGUUGCAGUUUGGAGGAUGAACAAGAUGAAAUUGAGAAUGACUGCUUUAGUAACGUUGAAAUACACGACGUAGCCGGAGAAGAUGAAAUAGAUGAUAACUUCAGCACAUACGGUGAGUCUCCUAUCGAAGAAGACGAAGAUUCACCAACGCUACCUUCCAAGAAGAGAUAUCAGAACUUCUUGAUGAGCGAAUCUAAAGGGAAUCUGGAGGUUUUGAAGUUGGAGAUGUCGUCGUUAGACCUUGCGGUAGGACAACGAUACUUGACUAAAAAGCAUUUGAAGAGACGACUGAAACUUUUUACAGUGAGGCAUCAAUUUGAUUUUGAUGUAGAAAUAUCAAACCUGACAACAUACGUUGUUAAGUGUUGGGUUGAUGGAUGUACAUGGAGAGUUCGUGCAUCUACCGAAGGAUUGUCCCCGCAGUUUUAUAUUCGUAUUUACGACUCGGAUCAUGCAUGUUCUGUAACUGAGCGUUCUAAUCGAUCUCGAAAUGCAACACCGGAUAUUUUAGGAGAGUUGUACAAGAACUUUCUCGGCGACGUUGGUCCGGCCGUUCGCCCUGAGAGUGUCGGAAUAGCUAUCACUAAGCAGUUUGGUGUAAAGAUGGAAUAUUGGAAAUCACACCGGACGCUUAAAUGUGCAAGGGAAAUCGAUGAGGGCACACCUGAGUGUGGUUUUGAACUCUUGCCUUCUUACUUAUACAUGAUAAGAAGGGCAAAUCCGAAUACAGUUACGCGUCUUCAAAUCGAUGAGCUUGGAAGAUUCAUGUAUGUGUUUCUUGCGUUUGGUGCGAGCGUUAAUGGGUUUCCUUUCAUGCGCAAAGUUGUUGUCGUCGACGGUACGUUUCUUAAUGGUAAAUAUAAAGGGACGCUACUCACAGCACUAGCUCAGGAUGGUAACUUUCAGAUUUUUCCAAUAGCCUUCGCAGUGGUUGACACUGAAAAUGAUGAUUCGUGGAAUUGGUUUUUUACGCAACUAAAAGUGUUGAUUCCUGACCAGGAGGGUCUUGCGAUAAUAUCAGAUAGGCAUAACUCGAUAGGGAAAGCAAUUACAAAUGUGUAUCCGUUAGCUGCUCGUGGAAUAUGCACCUAUCAUUUGUAUAAAAACAUAUUGGGACGGUACAAAGGAAAAGAUGUAUUUCGGCUGGUGAAGAAAGCGGCGAGAUGUUUUAGAAUGUCUGACUUUGAUAUGAUUUUCGAGGAGAUUGAAGCACUUAAUCCUGAUCUCCACGGCUACCUCGAAAGAGCUGAUGUCAGACUGUGGACACGUGUUUAUUUCCCGGGCGAGAGGUACAAUUUGAUGACUACGAACAUAGCGGAAUCAAUGAACAGAGCAUUAUCGCAUGCUAGAGGUCUUAACAUUGUUCGAAUAUUGGAAUCGAUACGGGUUAUGAUGACCAGAUGGUUUGCUGAACGAAGAGUGGAUGCCAGAUCGCAGUCAACCACACUCACGCGCGGUGUGGAGAAACUAUUACAAGGACGUGUAAGUGCCUCCCGGGAUUGGACGGUUCAAAGGAUUGAUGACCAUCACACUGAAGUUAAAUAUGGCGCUGCUGGCGAGUCUUUGAAUGUUGUUAAUUUGGUUGAGCGAAAGUGCACAUGUCGGCGUUUCGAUGUCGAGAAAAUACCAUGUGUACACGCAAUCGCAGCUGCAGAGGAAAGAAAUGUUUCUCGUAUAUCACUGUGCAGUCCUUACUAUAAAAGCACUUAUUUAGCUAGCGCAUACGCUGAAUCGGUCAUGCCGGUUGACUCAGCGCUACCUGUUCCAGAUAACGUGGCUAACGUACAGUGCUUUCCACCGUUUAUUCGUCAACAACCGGGAAGACCUAAAAAAAAUAGGAUGAAAUCUGCUUUAGAAGUUGCACUUGCAAACAAACGUCCUAGGAAAGAGCACAUAUGUUCUCGUUGCAGUCAAAGUGGACAUAAUGCGAGAACUUGUCCGAUAUAA